GGAACACGGUUCCUUUUGUCAAUGUCAAAUCAAAAUAUAAGUGACACGUAAUUUCACAUAAUUAAAUUUGCUUUUUGUGACCUCCAAAUGUGAAAAUUCACGUUAAAUUUUACAUGUACCGAUCAUUUAUACCGCGGCAAUAUGUCCGAUAAAGGUUUUGGUGAUCAUAUAAACAGGGGUGUUGUGAAAAAUCCAUUAUUGUCUAGUGCUGUAACAGGGCUUUCUAUCGAAGAUUUGACGCACAACACGGUGUUGAUUCCCGCGGUACCGAGUCAAGAACUGAUCACAAGACAAGAUAAACAAUGCGGGCCCCAAACAGCUACCUUGGCGAACACCACCCAAAAUAUAUCAAACUUCCCAUCUGGCGACGCUAAUUCGAACCCGCUUCCACACAACCUUUUCACGAACGUCAAUUCGAACACGUCACAUGUAAAAAAAGAUUCGCAUAACAAUGAAAUUAAAGAAACAACAACAACGUCCACUCAAUCGAAGGCGUCCGCGAAGGCGGACGAUGAUUUCGAUGUGAACGAGUACUUUGCGCGUUUGCAAGGUUCACGAUACGUAAGCGCACCGUUGAGCAGUAUUAUGAAGGAGGAUCAGAACGCAAACUUACAGGCGGUCGAGGAACAUCUGGAAGAGAUAAAUUUGAACGAGCCCGAGAAAGUGACUGAGGACGUGCAACACAGUCUCACGGCGGAUAUUGCGCAGAAUUUCUCGCAGCUACCUACGGUGUUGCCUCAAGUAGCGAGCGCGGUGUUCAGCUCCUUUUCGAAUAUGCUAAGCAUGAAGAGCAGAGAUGCACCGGACGUGGGUCAUGUGUAUAGAGGGGAGGAUAGCGUGCCGCCGGGGCUGCCGCUGGGGGUGCCGGAUGCGCCGAAGAGUGUGGCGCCGCCGCCGCUAAAGGAACCGCCGGCUGUUGGUACAGGAAAUUAUCGCAUCACAACUAAGAAGAAAGUCUACGCUCAAAUACCGGGUUUGACUGGCGAAGCACAGAUAAUACAGUACAACCCAACUCAACAAACGGCAUACACAACCCCACAGAACAUAUACAGCCCACAGACUGAACAGGGAAUUCAGUUAGGGUAUACCACAGAUGCACAAAACACACCCCACAGUGCCGCUCAAGCAGUCAACCAGUCGCCAUACUUCGUUCCCGAAACAUUAACAUCGAGUGAUAAUAAUAUUGACAUUCACAAACAAGACACUAACGCUGAGAAGAAGGAAUCAGUUUAUAAUUUCUUUUCACCUGUAUCCGAUACAAAAUCAAGCCAAGAAUUACAGUUUGAGACUGUACAACCUAAAACGGAGGGCGUUGUUCCUCAAACGAUACAAAGCACAGCGAAUGCGAAUCAGAAUUUCGAGCCGGAUGCGUCGAUGACAUUUAAACCGAUACAAUCAACAACAGCUCAAAUUAUCCCACCACCGCCGAUGUUUUCAAAUGUACCGCGUGGUGAUGGCCAAGCGUCGGUAGAAAGGACAAUACUGCCGCCGUCGGUUGCGAGACGGAUAUCAGCGAAACAACCGACAACGAACCCUCAAACACCGCCGAUGAACGUACAGGGGAAUAUUUUUGUGCCUACAUUUGAUACGUCCCAAGAAUACAACUCGAAUGUACAACCCGAGACUCAACUAUCGCAAGGAAAUGUGUCUACACUGAAUUUUAACAGUUCUAAUGAUGCAAAGUUACCACCAAGUAGUUUAUUCCAAACACAUAAAACCAUUAGUGGAACGGAGUCUGUGCCGCCGCUGAGCUCUUCGUUAGAUAUGCACAUGGAGUCAAAAACUUACAUCGCACCUCCCCAACAGGGGACCUUCAUGCAAACGAACGUAUCGCAAAAGAAUUGGCCAGGAACGUUAAACAUUCAACAAGCUCCUAAUUUAGCUUAUCCUCAAUCAACUUUAUCGGAAGCAACUGUACCCUCUGAACCGAAAUCUGAAUCAGGACGCAUUGUACCACAAGUCUCUCAUUCAAUUGCAACAUUUUCAUCAAAUAGUACACCUUCAUAUCCUCCGUCAAUACAACCACAAAAAGCUGAAACACAAGAACAUGCAUCUUCGUUAAUACCGCAAUCUCUUGCAGUCGCAAACCCGUCUCUAUCAGUAUUAAAUGAACCACCACCGCUUUUCUAUGAUCCUACAAAGAUGUCGCAACAAAAACCAGAAUUAGAAAAGACGCUUCCACCAACUGCACCUUCAAAUGUAAAUCAGUAUUUUAAUCAAAAUCCCACAUCGUCAGAACCGCCAAAAACUGUGAUCGAACCUCCUAAAAUGACUGGAAAUCUCAAUCUUAGAAUGACGAAGAAAAGACCUCAGUACUAUUCAGGUCCUAUCGAAGGCAUCGGCAGUAUAAGUAAUAAUAUUAAACCUACAUUGAAUCCCGUUCAGUCUAAUUCUUUUCAAGGUGCACUGUUCACUCCGAGUCAAGAAAUAACUCAGGACGUAGCGGAUACACAACGCAAUAUACCUAACAAUCCCAGUGUCGAUGCAUCAACUCUAUAUGAUAGCGCUAAUGUUGCAUCACCAUAUAGCCAUCCAUCAAUACAACCAUUACAACCUUUUCAAACAAAUUAUAACACAGUUUUUGACUUAAGCCGACCAACGACUGAAAUAUAUGAACAAUCUCCGCCAAAGCUAGACCCGGAGCCAGCUAAAGGAUUCGGUUUACUUGGAUCUUUAAAAUCUAAGCUCGGCUCUAUUGACAUCAAUAAGAUUCAAAACACUGUAACAACAUUCUUCGAUCCGGCUUAUAAUGAAAGUAAAGGAGAAACCAUUUACAAGCAAGAAACCGCUUACGCUCCGCAAACGUAUGGCAAUGACUAUUCAAAAGACAGCACCACAUUCGAUAUUUUCGUUGGAGAUUACAAUAGAAUGCAACCAAGUAAUUAUCCGGCCAAUUAUUAUAGUUCGGAAUUUCAAAAUGCCAAUUUUAACGUACAAGAAUCAAUGAACGAACAUAAGGAUGUAAAACAAUCUGUAAUGGAUAUUGCCUGGCGUGAUACAUCUUCUGCUUAUAUAGAACAAAGUGAUGUUCAUCACCCGAGUUACAGCCAAGCUAAUUUAAACACAGUAGGAAGCACAAUCGGAUCCGGUAUUUCCUCCCUGAAGACUACAACCGAAACACAUACUACGUUUAAAAAUGAUUUCAAUAACUAUGCAACUUUAGAUUAUUCUAAUGUCACCACAACAAACUCACAAGCCACGGCACCUUAUAUGGCUGAAAAUUUGGUAAAAAAGAAUAGCGUACCUAUGUUAUCAUCGGUGCCUAAUAUAAACAACCCACUGAGUCUGUUUAGUGCACCAUUUGUCACUACCGAACCCACACCUUUGGAUGACAAGAUAGUUGAAAGUGUGACCAAUUUGGUGUUAAAUUCUACUCCACAACCGUCCGAUGAUAUUCAAACAGGUUAUCCGGAAACUAUAGAAAACCCGAUAAGUGAAUUGCUUACUAAUCCACCAAUUGAAAAUACAUUCAAACUGUUCGAUUCGCAUCCAUUGCUUCCAUCUGAUGAAAAUGUUGUUUCUGAAAAAACUUUUAUAAUCAAAGACGAAAUUGAUCCAGACUAUGAUAUAACAACGCAAAAUUUAUAUGACAGUUUUGAAGAUAGUCCCAUACAUGAUGUAAAGACGUCAACAGUUGAGAAUAAUUUUAAUAUACUGCACAGUGAUGUAUCAAAAGACACGAAGGGUAAUGAUACAUUAUUUAAAUAUUUUGAAAAACCAACAUCAGGAUCAUCGGCACAUUUAUUUGAAUUUUCGAGUCUGACUACGAAUAUGCCUCCAAAUGUUCAGACAUUUGAUGAACUAAGCGCUGUUAAAAAUAAACUUGAAAGUUUAGCUUUACACGAAUCUCAGAACAUAUUGAGUGAACCUGCUCAAGAAUAUGCUAAUGUAGACGAAGACGUCUCUGAAUUAAACAUUUGUGUAACAUGUAGAGAAGUCGCUAAGCCCGAUGAUAGAGAAGAAGUGGAAGAUCUGACGACGCAGUUAAUUGAAAACAUAACAGCACCAAUUCAACUAUUGAAUCCCGUUGGUGCUGUUCUGCCUGAAAGUGAGCACGGACAAGAGGUUGGACAAACAUCAACAAUCGAUCCGCUCAGUGAUAUAGCUCAUAUCACUGAAGAAGUAAUAGAUGAAAUACCCAUACAUACAGUUGCAGAGCUUCUAAAUGAUGUUAAUAUUGAUGGUACUAUUCCAAACUAUGGGUGGAAUACAGCCGAUAUAAAUGAUAUACUUAAUACCAAUGCUCUAGUUGAACACGAUUACAAUCUUCAUCCUGAUCCAAACGCCAUAGGAUUUCUCCAAAAUAAACCAUUAUUUUUUGAGAACAUACCUAACAAUGCGAGUGAUGAAAUUAAAGCUGAAUUCAAACACUCCCACGAAGAACCGGCAGUUAUUCCUAGACCAAUUAACAUACCUGCUGCACCUGAAGAAGAUAAUAAAUCAGACGAGAGCGGCUUAGACGUUCUAUCCAUUGAGCAAGAUGCCAAAAAAGACUUUCCAAUUUACGACGAUUUCGUUAUCGAGCCCUCUGAAACUGACGAUGACAAAAUUGAAUGUAUGGAACGUGAAAAGAGUACGGAAGAGUUCGUUUCAGAAGUAGAUACAUUCACUAAUAGAGUUGAGAGAUUCAAGCAAAUGGAAACUGUAGAGACUGAUGAUGUGUUCGAAGCGCAAGCGGUAAUCACUACGCCUCCAGCUAUCCCUUCUACCACCAGUCCAGCUAUAACUAUUGCGUCAUACUUCGAUACUGGCAAUUACGCUGUCGAAAAUCACUAUAGAAAUUCUCUUACAUCACCCACAGGGUUACAGUCUUACGCAUCUCUGCCCACAACAAUGCGAAUACCGCCAGGCUUCGAAAAGGAAUAUCAAAGACGACUCAGCGGCAUUUCAAAGGACGUACUGCCUGAUACGUUUCAUGAACAGCAGAAACAAGUCCCUGAUACUACAACUCAAACAAGAGUAUCGCCAACUGUAACCUUCACACAACCGCCGGUCACGCAUUCGAAUGUAACACACAUAUGCAGCGCUACAAUGAAACCAACUCUAGCUAUAGAAACGAUCCUAACUAAACCAAUUGAAGAACCGAUUCUAGCUGAUGUCGAACGACUACCCGCGUUCUCCAGCCUCACCGGCCAAACUGUAGAAGUUAAAGAGGAAAACGUUUCGAAAAUAACUAAUACACCAAAAGCAGAAGAUCAAUCUUUGCCGGACCCUAUGAAUUUCUUCGCCUCGGACGCUAGCGCAUCAAACAAAGAUGACGAUUAUAAUAACUACAGUAGACUGUCCAGUUAUUUCGCAUCACCGCCAAAAUCGGACACCGCGAAGUCUUUUUUUGAAUUAAGUCAGUCUCAAAACCAUUAUAGGCAUUCCGCCGUGGAAAAUAGCGUUCGCAAUUUCUUCAAUCCCAAAACAAACGACACGCACAACGAUUCACACGAAACACAAAACAGAUAUAGAACAAACAUGGAUUUAAUACGCGAUCUGGCCAAUUACAAGGAUCCAUCGCCUAAGGACGAUGUAGUUAGGACGGUUAAUUAUUUCACUGUAGAAUUCGAUAUAAACAAAUCAAACGAUACGAUAGGCGAACCCAGCGCGGCCGUUAAAAUCACAGACAAAGACGUUAAUAGAAUACAAGGGGAUAGUAACUCACGUAACGACGAUCAAAAUGAGAUAGUGAGAAAAUGUAAAAAUUGCUGUAACCCGAGCGCGGGGCGUUUAGUAGAUUUAAAUUUGGAUUGCGUUGAUUGUAAAUUUAGGAAGUGCAUGGAUAUAAGCGAGGGUAGAAAGGAAGAAGUUAAUAUGGAUGAUGUGAAAAGUGACAGGCUGAACCAGAGGUUGACGGUUAAUUUUAUGGAACAGCAUUUGCGAGAGGAGUCGGAUGACGGUGUUGCUAUAUUGUCUGAGAGCCGCGCAACAACCGAAUAUUCACCGGUGAAGCACCACUGGUUCUAUCGCGUGGACAAGGAUGGUAACUCUAUAUGGAGGGGCUUCUCGGUGGCUGACUCUAUGGCGUUGGAAAAUGCUUUUAACAGUCCCGAGCUGACGGACGAAACCCUAGUGGCGACCGAUGGGGGACGAUAUGACGUCAAUGUGAAGGGACGCCUCCGUAUGCCGGUCUACUGGAGCGAGAAGCCGAGCAAUGUUAGACGAUGCAGCUGGUUCUACAAAGGCAACACGGAUGCGAGAUAUGUUCCUUAUACGGAACCAGUUGCCGAGCAGCUAGAGGAGGAGUACCGCCACGGCGUCACCACCGGCGAGUGGCACCGCCGGCUGAUGCUGCCCAAUAGCGAGCUGGUGGUGAUGCACGGGCCGGCCGUGAUGGUGCACUUCCUGCAGACCGGCGACAGCUUCAGCAGCAGCCCGUCGGCGAUGCGGCCGCGCGUGGUGCGGCGCGGCUGCGUCGAGUCGGAGAUCGAGGACGCGGAGCCGACGCGCGCGGACCACCUGCUGCUGCUGUGCCACGGCGUCGGCUCCGCGUGCGACAUGCGCAUGCGCGCCGUCGAGGCGGUCGUUAACGACUUCCGUACGACGAGUCUACAAUUGCUGCAGUCGCACUAUAAGAAUUCAUACGACAGCGGUCUGGUUGGCAGAAUCGAGGUGCUGCCGAUCUCGUGGCACGGCCGCCUCCACUCGUCGGAGACGGGCGUGGACGCUCGGCUCGCGAACGUCACGCUGGACAGCAUCCCCUGGCUGCGCGGCUUCGCCAACGACACGCUGCUCGACGUGCUGUUUUACACCAGCCCCGUGUUCUGUCAGACGAUAAUAGACACAGUGUGCAGCGAAAUGAACAGGAUAUACCACCUUUUCAAAAAGCGCAAUCCGGAUUUCGAUGGGGGCGUUUCACUCGGCGGCCAUUCGUUGGGCAGCGUCAUAUUGUACGACCUGCUUGGUCAUCAGGCACCUGAGAUGUCAUCAGAAAACGUAACGGAGAAGUCGUACGUGGAAGGCUACGCGGGUACAGGACAGCCAAUGGUGAAAUAUCCUAAGCUAGACUUCCAUCCAGAUAUGCUGUUCGCCCUAGGCAGCCCUAUAGCCAUCUUCGAAUGCAUUCGCGGCGUGGAGUUGCUGGGGGAGCAGUUCUGCCUGCCGACAUGCAAGAAUUUCUUCAACAUUUUCCACCCUUACGACCCAAUCGCUUAUCGACUCGAACCAAUGAUAAACCCAGUGCUGAAAGACGUGAAACCCUAUUUGAUACCGCACCACAAGGGCAGGAAACGUAUGCAUUUGGAACUGAAGGACACGAUGACGAGAUUCGGCGCCGACAUCAAGCAGAAGCUGAUCGAGUCCAUAAAGAGCACGUGGUCCAGCAUGUGGAAGACGCAGCCGCCGUCCAGUGACCAGCUCGAGAAGGUUGUCGAAGAAGAGAUGGAGAAGGAAGAGUUGGCGGAAGAGUGCAAAGAGGAAGUAGGCGAAGAGCCGCAGGCGACUCCCGAAAUGCUGGGCCGCCUGAACGACGGCCGCCGAGUGGACUACGUGCUGCAAGAGGCCCCGUUCGAGAUGAUCAACGAAUACCUGUUCGCUAUGACGUCCCACGUGUGCUAUUGGGAGUCGGAGGACACGAUCCUGUUGAUCCUGCGCGAGAUCUACUCGUCGCUGCGCGUGGAGCCCGACUGCAGCCUGCCGCAGCGCAGCCUCACCGUGCAGCGCACGCGCAUCGCUAGCGAUGGUGUUACAGUAUCGAGUUCUAUAGAAUCACCUUCCACCAGCCGCGGCGCAACAUAACAGUUUUUAAUAAACCCACGACCAAACAUACAUUACAAAAAAAAAUUAGGAAAAUUUAUUUCUUAAAUGUAAUAAAAUUUAUGACUUCAGUAUGUCUAUUAAUGUUUUGUAGUUAGUUAGUGUCAGUUUUGCUAUGAAUAUAUCUGUUUCGCUCUAACUCAAUACAACUUGUAUAUAGGCAUCCCUUUCUAACUGAAUUUUUCUUGUGUGUAAUUGAGAAAUAUAGAUAUGUGCAUUUAUUUCUUUCGUGACAAAUUUCAUCCGAUGUGGAUGAGCCGUUUCGGAGUUAAAAAAACUGACACAGACUAGAGUUUGAACUAAGGUACGCGAAAAUUCAAUUAUGCUUUGCGUAAUACUCAAUAAGAUGAAGUUCAGAAAUAUUCAAAAAUAAAAUUUGUGAAAGCAUUAACCGACUACGGAAAAACGCGUUCUCAAAGAUUAACCAAAUUGUUUGAUGUGUUUGCUUUUUUGCAAAAGAUUUUUUUUUAUAUGGAUUUUUUAAUUUAAUAAUAAUGUUGAUACAUCAAUUCAACUUAUAGUAAAUAUGUUAAAAUUUAUUGUUCAAUACAUUCCUAACCUAUAAAAGAUUUGGGAAGAAAAAAUACAUAUUACAAUAUACAGAGACACAACAAAUAAUUAUAA